AUAACUACGUUUCCUUGAUGUCGGUUUGAAUUUGAGCCACAAGUUCGUUUGUGAAGAAGUCAACAUCUUACUUAGUCUUAUCUCAUUUCAGCUCUCUCAUGCAGCUAUACUCUGAUCUCUUUUACGUUGAUUGGAUAGCAUAAGAAGGAAAGAGCGGGUCAUCCGAAGCAACAUGGCGAAGUCACGGCAAGAGGCUUUGAAAGGUGUUGAGGCUAUUUUUGAGAGGUAUUACUCUCUAUAUCUCAUUAUCAUUAAUUCCUAUAUUUGUAUGCUCUAAGUGGGGUAUAAUGCAGUAUCUCAUGGCAAUCUGUAUAAUGCUCGCACUUUUGUUUUAUGGUUGUCUUGCUUCCUCUAUUCUGAUCCAUGAUCCUUUCCCCUAUGCCGCAAGGAGGUUUUCGGUCCAGCAUUUUAACAUAUCUUGUAUCCGGAGUGUUGUAUUCCAUAACAACUCUUUUCCUCCGUUCCCCUUCUCUAUUUCCUGUACUAAAAUUUCUCAUCUCAUAAUUCUUCACACAUCAAAAUCUAACAACCAUCAGAUACCGCCUAAUCACCGAAUCCCAAAAUAUCAAAGGAUUCGACUCGCAUGUCAUGAAAAAUAUCAAGGUUCUCGAUGCCACCACCUCAGGAACCGUAACAUUCGAAUUUCUCAUUGAUGAGCAAUAUGCCAAUAUCAACAACGUGAUGCACGGGGGGGCCGGUGCCGUAAUUUUCGACAUGUGCACUACAAUUGCACUAGGACCAGUAGCCAAACCUGGAUCAUGGGAGUAAGUCUAUCCUUUUGUUUGGAUACUAGAUGUAUGCUAAUAAUAACGAACAUAGUUUCCUAGGUGGUGUAACAAGGACACUUAAUUUAAGUUACUUAAGAGCUGUUCCUAUCGGUAUGUUCAUUCCAGAGAUAUAUCCAAUAUCAUAGCAAGAAUACCUCAUAUUAACAAUCCCAGGAACCACGGUUCGUAUCUUCACCGAAGUAGUCCAAUACGGAAAGACAAUGGCAAUGCUUCGUGGUAGCAUGACUAGUCUAGAUGGAUCAAUAGUUUAUUGCACGUGUGAACAUCAUAAAGUGCGGGUACCGACUAAGAAAGAACAUUUAGAGCACAAGGUAGAAUGGGAUGGAUUAUGGACGAAAGAUGCAGAGAAGAAGUCGAAAUUAUAGGAACUUUGGAAGUUUUGCUUUGGUUGCAUGAUGGAUUCAUUGAGACGAUAUUACCAAUGAAGCAGGCAAGUGCGCAGAAUUUUAGUUUGUGGCAUGAACCGCAAGCACUCUCGAGGUCUUCCUUGGAAUUCUUAAGGAAAGAAGGUUGUCGUUAUGUUAUAGACUUCUGAGCAGAAAGAAUUUUUCAAAGAUUAGUUAUCUGGAUAGAUCGGGAACAAAAAUGAACAUACUUGCUUGGAGUGUACUUAGGAGAGCCAGUGCCACUGAAGCACGGCAAAACUUUUAAUAUUUCGU